AUGAAUUUUGGAUUUUAAUCAAAUAAGGCGAUCCUACAUAAUCGCAAUGAAUAAGCAAACGCAAAACCUAACUAAAAUAAAGCUAAAAGUUCUUCACUGCUAUCUAGCUAGGUGUAAGUUGCUCCUAAAAUAAGGGGCAGUGUACAAAGUUAGAUUAAGCAUGGCUAAUAAACUAAAAAUCUACACUAGUAGAGCGAUAUUGAAUAUAGUAAGAAAAAAGAAGAAUAAGUGAAUAAUAUUUUAAAAUACUUCAAAUAAAUUGAUAACCAUGAUAUAUUUUUUUUAACUCAAACGAAGAAUGAAGGAAGAGAUAUGAAAUUAUUGUAAUUCUAGGAUAUCAGAUCUGAAUUGAGUCAACUAAAUAGCAAAAAUGUCAUACAGAUAGGGCUUAAUAUCGAUAUACUUACCUCAAAUCAAUUAUCUUAAUCAAUAUUUUCCUUUUUCAAUCUCUUUCAAGCGGUUUCUGGAUUUUAUUUAAAAUCAAGAGCGAAAUUAACUUUAGCAAAUGCCGAGUACCUGAGUGCUUUGGCCAAAGAAAUCGUCACAAGGACACCACUUCUUUUAACUCUGAAUAUUUAUCUUAACUGGUCAAUAAGCCUGAAUCAAUCUCAAUAAACAUUUUUAGAUAUUAUGUUUUUGAUUGAAAAUUUGAAAAACCUGACAGCCAUAGAACUUUGUUUGAUGAAAACUGAUAUAUCAAAGAGCUAAAUAAUGAGACUCGCAUAAUCCAUUAUGGAUCUUCCUUACUUAUUAAAAUUAAAUCUAGUCGUAGACAAACACUUAAAGUUAAUUGACUUAAUUGAAAGUUAUUAUAAUGCGAAAAAUCAAAUAUUGUCUAUUCUUUUGCUGAAAAAUAAGUUAAAACAACAAAUAUUAACGAAUUAAAUUAUUUUAGAAUUAGUUACUUUUUGA